GCUAUUGGAAAUGCAUUUUUUAGUGGAUGUGUUAAUUGGGAUUGGAAAAAUCCACAAAGAGGACAUAGAUAUAUUCCAAUUAAUGAUAGAUUUCCUCAUUUAAUUGGAAAUAUAGUUAUUGAAGUACCUAUUAUUACUAAAAAGUGUAAUGUUCAAUUGAAUUCAUUUAUACCAGAUAAUUUAGAAAAUUGUCCAUUUAUUGCUAUAGUUUCAAAAGAAAUUCAUAAUCACUUACCCCCUCCUCCUGUAACUACACCAUCUAAUAUUUUGAAGCAACUUAAUGAAAUUAUUAAACAUGAAGAUACACUUGAUCUUACAGCAAGAAAAUUAUUAACAGGAAUUAUUCAUGAAUUAUUACGUCAACUGCAAUAUGAUACUUCUUAUAUUAGAAAUAUUC